AUGGCGGCCACCGGAGCUCUCCCACAGACCCUCCAGUCCAUCACCGACAUUAAGAUCGGUGAGCUGUCGAAACAGCGCGAUCUGUUCAAAAAACAACACUCCGAGAUCCUUCGUGCGGCCGGUGACGCCGUCGACCUGCGCUCCAAGGCCCGCGUGUUGCUGGAGGGAGUGACCCGACUCAAAGGAUCCCCCAGCGAUGCGUUCGACAAGGAGGACCUGGACCUGGAUGCCGCGGGAGUGGAGGAUGGAUCGGAACGUGCCGCGCACGUCAAUAUCCGUCGGUUUCUCCUGCAGAGUCGGUAUGAUCCGUCGGUGUCGGAUCGGAGUCUGCAGGAAUGGGUGGAUGAUCUGGAGCGGGAGUUGCAGUACCUACAGCUGCGACACGAGCAUGCCUCGUUCUACAGCACACUGGUGACCGAGUGGUUGGCCAGUCUGGAAGACGACCGGACAGGCACGACGGAGGAAGAGGAUGGUGAAGCGGUGGGCCGUGCCGAAAUGCACGAGCAGCGAGAGACAUGGGAGAAUCUCGUGUUCACCGCGGGAGACGUGCAGCGGGACGGCAUCCAAUCCUACCUGGACCGGCUCUUCAUGCGUACCGACCUCUCGCAGCAGGCGCUGAAGGAGCUUCGCGAGAAGAUCAAGGCGUUCGGGGAGGAGCUCGCGUCGAAGCAGACUUGGUUUGACGCCAAUGGGCUCCAAGGGGUCAGUCGGGCGCUGCUGAGGGCGGAUCUGUUGUCCAAGGAAAAGACGGCCAUCCUGAAGGAAUUCAUGCGGAACUCGGCGGUUGCGCAGGAGGUGGCCGACGUGCUGAAUAUGCGCCUCGCGGCACUGGAGAGCUGGCAGUGGCCGGCCGAGGGUAUUCCAGUGGAAAUGCGCCGCCACCUGAACGGCAAGUAUCGCAUCUUCAUGGAUGAGGACCUCUUGGACGCGCUUCUGUUGCAGUAUCUCGGAAUGCAAUGGGCCGUGACGUUUCGGUCGGCGUUCAGCGCCUUCCAGGAAUCGCGCGCCUGGAAAGUCCGGCGUCCCUAUAUCCCCAAGCGCGUGCGGAGGCAGUUCAAGCAUUUCCGAGAGGCCAACGGGCGCACGCUGUGGUCGGGGACCCGCAGCGUCGUCGCGGAGAGACAGAAGACGUACGAGAAGAACUACUUCAUGACGCAACUGCCAUCCUCGUUGGACCUGGACGCCCCCGGCUACGGCGAUGACAGUGACGACGGGGUGGUUGUCGAGGAGCAGAAGCGCCAGACCGCGCUGGAGGCGAAGCACUCGCUGCUGCACCUCCUGAUCACGGAGUCGCUCCUUUAUACGACGCAGCACGGCGAGUUCACGGCGCUGCGGUCAGACUUCCAGUGGUUUGGCCCGUCGCUGCCGCAUCCCACGAUGCUCACUGUGCUCGCCUACUUCGGGGUGCCGUCGCCCUGGCUGCGGUUCUUCGAGACCUUCCUGCAGGCGCCGCUGCGAUUCACGCAGGAUGGGCCUGACGCGGCAGUUCGCAUCCGCCAGCGCGGCAUUCCCAUGAGCCAUAUGCUGUCGGACUGUUUCGGUGAAGUUGUCCUCUUCUGCAUGGACUACGCCGUGAACACGCGCACCCACGGCGCCUAUCUGUAUCGGCUGCACGACGACUUUUGGUUCUGGGGCCAUGAGAAGACGUGCGUGCACGCCUGGACCACCAUGACCGAAUUCGCCCGGGUGAUGGGCCUCGAAUUCAAUGCGGAGAAGACAGGGACUGUCCGAUUCGCGAGCGAAAAGAAGCAAAAGAAGGAGGAGACAGAAGAAGAGGACGAGGACACGCCCAAUCCGGAUCACCCUCCGUCGCCGGACAUCCCCCUGCCCACGGGCGACAUCCGCUGGGGCUUCCUGAAGCUGGACGCGCAGGAGGGCCGAUUCGUCAUCGACCAGGAGCAAGUGGACCAGCACAUCGUGGAGCUGCGGCGCCAGAUGUCGGCGUGCACGAGCGUCUUCGCCUGGGUGCAGGCAUGGAACAGCUACUUCGGGCGCUUCUUCGCCAACAACUUCGGCAAACCGGCCGUGUGCUUCGGACGCGAGCACAUCGACAUGGCCAUCGCCACGCUCAGUCGUAUCGAGCGCGCCCUGUUCCCCGACUGCACCAGCGGCGCCACGGACCAUCUGCGACGGAGAAUCGCCGAUCGGUUCGACAGACACGACCUCCCCGAGGGGUUCUUCUAUUUCCCCGUCGAGUUCGGCGGCCUGGAGCUGCUGAACCCGUACAUCCCGCUGCUGGCCAUGCGGGAGGAUAUCCGGCAGACGCCGCAGGGACGACUGCGUCGCGCGCGACUCGACGACGAAAAGGAGUACCAGGCGGCCAAGGAGCACUUCGAACAGGCCGAGGUCGAGUCCCCCGAGGCGUCACAGAGGGAUGGCCCGGUCGACGCCGACGAGUCGGUCGCGUUCCUGAGCCUGGACGAAUACACGCGGUAUGCAGAGAGCCUGAGCGUGCCCCUGCUCCAGGCGUACCGCGACCUCACGCGCGUGCCGGACGAGGUGGGUGUCAACCAGACGCAGCGGCUGCGGGCGCACCAAAUGUCGCUGGCGGACGCGACCUGCGGGCCGGUCUCGCAAAGCUUUGACGAGAUGACGCCGUACUGGCGAUGGACGGCGGAGCUGUACCAGGGGGAGAUGGUGCGACGGUACGGGGGAUUGGCAGCGGUGAAUCGGGAGUUUAUGCCUCUGGGCGUGGUUAAGACGUUGAAGGAGGGCAAGAUGAGAUGGCAGGGGUAG